UUUUAACUUUGUGUUUUAUAUUUAUUGCAUAAUAUAUAAUGUUAGAAGAGCUGCGUUCUCAGUGGACUAUUAUUUUGAAAUAGUGAGCGUCAGGUGAUUAUAGUGGAACGUUAUUGCUCUCAGUAGUAACACACACUCACAUAUUCAGAAUGGAGGAACAGUUCACGAGAGAAGAUGCAUUGAGACGGGAGGGCUACAGACAUGCGUGUCACAUCAUGCUGUACGGAGACUCUAGUGCCAAACUCUUCGGGAAAAUCCCAAUCAAACAUAUAGUACUGAUGCAGAUGCGUUUUGAUGGCUUGCUGGGUUUCCCAGGGGGAUUGGUGAACCCAUCUAAGGAGACCCUGGAGGCGGGGCUUAGCAGAGAACUACACGAAGAGGUGGGCGUGGCCGUGCCUGUGGGCGUGGACAAUCACGUGUCCUCCUGUCUUUCUCCAUCCUGCCCUCAGCUCAUCACUCACUUCUACAUCAAGAAGAUGACAGAGGCAGAGCUGAAAGAGAUAGAGAGAGCAGCAGUAGCUGCAGCCACAGACCAUGGUUUAGAGGUAUUAGGUAUGGUUAGAGUGCCGCUCUACUUCCUGAAGAAUGGAGGUGGUCUCCCCUAUUUCCUGUCCCACUCGUUCAUCAGUAACUCUCGGGCCCAGCUGCUCUCUGCCCUGCAGCGCUGUAGGUUGCUGUCCCAGGGGGAGCUGGAGAAGGCUGUGAGACAGGCUGAGCAGAUGAGACGCACACGCAGUGGUGAUCCACACUGACAUCAGUUUACACAGCGGUGCCUUUUCACCCCUGGGCCACAGCUACAUCACAGUAGCCCAACCCCCCCACUGCCAGUAGAAACUCCCUCUUGUCCUCCUCACCAUACCCUACCCUCAGUUCCUGAUUCAGCCAUGUACAGCAUGUGCUCUCUGUAGAUAUCCUGUGUCUCAGAGGAUCAGACCUGUUUAACAUUGGCCUUAACUGUUUAUCAUAAAUUUACUAACAAUUCCUGACCCUAAAUUCACUUAAUGAUAUUAUUUUUUUUACUUUUG